CUGUGUCUUUCACUCGCUCAUCACUUUAUCACACAUUUGCAUCAUGAGAACGCUGAGGACGUCAGUGGCCAUUUUUCUGCAUCUGUCUGCCUGUCUGGCGGCCCCGGUGCCAUGUGAGGAGACAGUGGGCCGCCUGGAGGCAGAGAUCCAGGGACUGAAGGCAGUGAUCGACGACCAGCACCGCUACAUCCAGCAGCUCCACAGCAGCCAGGCCCAGCAGCUGCAGCACAUACCCAACACACACCUGGACAGCCCGCACAGAGACUGCUCGGAGGUGUUUGCAGAUGGAAACGUGGCCAGUGGCCUGUAUGUGAUUCGUCCAGAUGGCUCUCCCACGGCUCUGAGCGUCUACUGCGACAUGAACAAUGGAGGAGGAUGGACCGUCUUCCAGAGGAGGAGAGACGGCAAAGAGAGCUUCGACAGGGCAUGGGUGGAGUACAAGCAUGGAUUUGGAGACCUCCACUCCCCUGAUGGGGAAUUCUGGCUUGGAAAUGAUGCUAUACAUCGCAUUACCUCGCAAGGAAACUACGACCUGAGGGUUGACAUGGAGGACUUUGAGGGCAAGCAGCGAUAUGCAGAGUACAAGAACUUUAAAGUGGACGAUGAAAAGGACCAGUACCGGCUCCAUUUGGGAGAAUACUCCGGAAAUGCGGGAGAUGCUCUGGCUGAGGCUCAUGGCCCUUUGAAGGGCCAGAGAUGGACCGGGCCGGGGUCCAGGUCAGACGGGGUCAAAUUCAGCACCUAUGACCACCCAAAUGACAACAGUGGAAACGGCGCCCCCAGGUGUAUCAGACACGACAAAUCAGGCUGGUGGUUCAGCAGGUGCGAGUCAGGGAACCCGAACGGUCAUUAUUACAAAGGCCCGUACCAGGCGAUGACGGAGGACGGCGUGGUGUGGUACACCUGGCACGGCUGGUGGUACUCCAUCAAAUCCGUGGUCAUGAUGGUGCGAGCCGCCGACCUCGAGCAUCCGCCGCCGGUCAUCGGUCUGUUACCAGGGCAACGUAAGCAGAUUGAAAUGGCCGGAGGCGUCGUCGAUUUGCCCCACGGCCGAUAGGCUGAAAGCAGUAACACACUGAGAAGCUUAAUCAUCUACUACCUGUACUUUGGAGUAUUUUUUUCUAAGUCUGUAAUUUUAUUGUUUUGCCUUAACCAUUCUCAUUAAUUUGGCUUAAUUCUUAUUGAUUAGAGACAAUUUAUGAAACCAGGAUAUAAAGGGAAGACCCAAACCCAUGGCCUCAAUUUAUUCAUAUUCAAUUAAUUCUGCAAAUUUGCAGAGUGCACCGAUUUAGGUUUAAAUGUGUUCAUGGACUUGAUUCUGUAAAGAUUUUUUGUAUAAUUGAAAGAAUCUAAUUUGAACCUCUGCCCUCUGUUUCUUGCAUUGAGCAGGAAAGAUCAUCUGCAUUAAUACUGUUUUUUAAAGCUGCUCUAUUAGUAAGAUUUAAUGUAAAAACAGUCGUCUUUUCAGCCUGAUAAUGCAGCGUGAUUCAAAGCAUUCAAAAAGUCUGAAGACAAGCUGCUGCUCUCAGAAGUUUGAAUUAGUCACAUCAGUAAAAACAAGCACAUUUUUGGGCUUGUGCGAUUAAAUCAUCCUAAUGGAUCACGGAUUUGUUUCCAUCUGGUAAAUUGUCCUCAUCUUCUCCAAAUACUUCUUGGUUGACUGCAGACAGAGGGAAGCCAUGGAAAAGUGUCAAGUGAAAGCCUAAAUUUAGAUAAACACAGCCUUGGAGAAUUAAACAGAACUGCAGCUUAGAGUCAAAUCCUUUCCUGGAUUGGAAAAGAGAAGAGAUUUUUUUUUUUUUUUCAAGCAUUGUAUGUAUUUUAAUAUUCCAAUAAAACACAAUGUGUUUAUGAUCUGAGCUCAUAUUGUGUUUAUUCUAUGUUCAAAAUAAAACAGAACAUGGUAUGCUGAGGCA